CCACCCCCGGCCACAGGUGGACCAAAACAGCAGGAAGUGCCUCUGACAGAUUCCAAGAUUCCAGUGUCUUCAACGAAACCCUGAGGAUUUCCAACAUCCAGAGACACCAGGGAGGUCGCUACUACUGCAAGGCUGAGAACGGCCUGGGCUCCCCAGCCAUCAAAUCCAUCCGAGUGGACGUGUACUAUUUGGAUGAUCCCAUAGUCACUGUCCACCAGAGCAUUGGGGAAGCCAAGGAGCAGUUUUAUUAUGAGAAGACCGUGUUCCUCAGGUGCGUGGCCAACUCCAACCCGCCCGUGCGCUACAGCUGGCGCCGCGGCCAGGAGGUGCUGCUGCAGGGCUCCGACAAGGGCGUGGAGAUCUACGAGCCCUUCUUUACCCAGGGAGAAACAAAGAUCCUGAAGCUGAAGAAUCUGCGACCUCAGGACUACGCCAACUACAGCUGCAUCGCCUCGGUGCGGAAUGUCUGCAGCAUCCCGGAUAAAAUGGUGUCCUUCCGCCUCUCCAACAAAACUGCCUCCCCUUCCAUCAAGCUCCUCGUGGACGACCCCAUCGUGGUGAACCCAGGAGAAGCCAUCACCCUGGUGUGCGUGACCACCGGGGGGGAGCCGGCGCCCAGCCUCACCUGGGUCAGGUCUGGGGGGGUCCUGCCCCCCAGGACCGUCCUGAACGGGGGCACCCUGACCAUCCCAGCCAUCAGCUCCGAGGAUUCCGGCUCCUACAGCUGCAUCGCCAACAACAACGUGGGCAACCCCGCCAAGAAAUCCACCAACAUCAUCGUCAGAGCCUUAAAAAAAGGACGCUUUUGGAUCACGCCCGACCCUUACCACAAAGACGACAACAUCCAGAUCGGGCGGGAGGUGAAGAUCUCGUGCCAGGUGGAGGCCGUGCCCCCGGAGGAGCUCACCUUCGCCUGGUUCAAGAACGGGCGGCCCCUGCGCAGCUCGGAGAGGAUGGUCAUCACCCAGACCGACCCCGACGUGUCCCCGGGCACCACCAACCUCGACAUCAUCGACCUCAAGUUCACGGAUUUCGGGACCUACACGUGCGUGGCGUCCCUCAAAGGAGGCGGCAUCUCGGAUAUCAGCAUCGAUGUCAACAUCUCCAGCAGCACGGUGCCCCCCAACCUGACGGUCCCUCAGGAGAAGUCCCCGCUGGUGACACGGGAAGGGGACACCAUCGAGCUGCAGUGCCAGGUGACAGGGAAACCCAAACCCAUCAUCCUGUGGUCCCGGGCUGACAAAGAGGUGGCCAUGCCAGACGGGGCCCUGCAGACCGAGAGCUACGAUGGGAUCCUUCGGAUCGUCAACGUUUCCCGGGAAAUGUCGGGCACGUACCGCUGCCAGACCAGCCAAUACAACGGCUUCAACGUCAAACCCCGCGAGGCCCUGGUGCAGCUCAUCGUGCAGUACCCCCCGGCCGUGGAGCCGGCGUUCCUGGAGCUGCGGCAGGGCCAGGGCCGCGGCGUCACCAUGAGCUGCCGGGUGCUGCGCGCUUACCCCACGCGGGUGCUGAGCUACGAGUGGCGCCUGGGCGGGCGCGUGCUGCGCUCGGGCCACUUCGACCUGCAGGACUCCACGGAAUUCACCGUGAGCAGCCUCAACCGCGACUCCUACGGCCUCUACAACUGCAACAUCAUCAACGAGGCGGGCGCCGGCCGCUGCAGCUUCCUCGUCACAGGAAAAGCCUACGCCCCCGAGUUCUAUUACGACACGUACAACCCUCUGUGGCAGAACCGCCCGCGGGUUUAUUCCUACAGCCUGCAGUGGACGCAGAUGAAUCCCAGCGCCGUGGAUCGGAUCCUGGCAUAUCGCCUGGGAAUCCGCCAGGCCGGCCAGCAGCGCUGGUGGGAGCAGGAGAUCACAGUGAACGGGAACAUCCAGAAGGGAGAACUGAUCACCUACAACCUGACGGAGCUCAUCAAGCCCGAGGCGUACGAGGUGCGCCUGACGCCCAUCACGCGCUUCGGGGAGGGAGACUCCACCAUCAGGGUCAUCAAAUACAGCGCUCCGGUGAAUCCACAUCUCCGAGAGUUCCACUGUGGCUUUGAGGAUGGGAACAUUUGCCUUUUCACUCAAGACGACACAGACAAUUUUGACUGGACAAAGCAAAGCACUGCCACGAGGGACACGAAAUACACGCCCAACACGGGGCCCAACGCCGACCGCAGCGGCUCCAAGGAGGGUUUUUACAUGUACAUCGAGACAUCCCGGCCCAGGCUGGAGGGGGAGAAGGCCAGGCUGGUCAGUCCCGUUUUCAGCGUCGCUCCCAAAAAUCCCUACGGAGCCACCAACACAGCCUACUGCUUCAGCUUCUACUAUCACAUGUAUGGACAGCACAUAGGAAGUCUGAACGUUUACCUGAGGCUCAAAGGCCAGACUGCCAUAGAAAACCCCCUGUGGUCCUCGAGUGGCAAUAAGGGACAGCACUGGAACCAAGCCCGGGUGAACAUCAACCCCCCCACCUCAUUCCAGCUCAUCUUUGAAGGGAUCCGUGGCCCUGGAAUCGAAGGGGACAUUGCUAUUGAUGAUGUGUCCAUUGUGGAAGGAGAGUGUAUGAAAUCAGACCAACCUGCCAACAAUCUACGAUCAGGUGCUGUUGGGCCAUUAGCACAUAUACGACUUCUCCCACUCCUCAUCCUCAUGUCUGUCUUAAGUCAUCAGAGGUGACCUUAUCCUGGCAGAGGCUACAAAAGAAUCACCAGGCACUGGCAUGAAGAAAGAGUCUUUGUAAAAUGGACAUUUCCAAACAAGCUACCAAAGAUUCCUCCACUGACUGACUCGAAAGUUAAAUAAAUACGUAAAUAAAUAAUAAAUAAUUAAAAAAAAAAUAAAAAUUAAAAAAUGACAGAUUAAGAAAGCACUGGGGACUUGAAAAGGCAUUCACGGGAGUGGAACUCACUAAGAACCAAGCUUGAGACCGAGAUCUGGCCUAAGGAAGGAAGAGACCUUCAGGUGCUUUUGUGGUCACUGAUGAAUUCAGCAUCAUCUGGUUGAACUCUCAGCAAAGAGCUCUAGAAACCCUUGUCAAAGCACAAAGUCACGGCUGGUUUUGUUUCAAAUGAAUCGUUUGCUUGUUACCAUGGAAACCGAAUGGCCUGCCAAAAA